AUGAGAGGCGCGGCCAUGGAUCGAGCGGCGACGUCCCCUGGGGGCACCGAGCUCGACUUUGACCGAGAACGGAUGUCGGGCGAGAGCCUUUCUCCAGGAAUGAUGCUGGGCACCAACACGUCGGUGUCCAGCGCCCCGUCGAUCGACUCCGGCUUCGGAGGCAUAUCCACGGCACCCAGCAACGCAAUGGGCUUCUCCGCGGCGGGCCUCGCGGUCGAGGGAUCGUCCCGCCGCCUCAGGCGCGGCGUGGCGCGCCCCGCGGAGGAGUACAUCACGGCGCUGCGCAAGGGCGCGAUGCUGUUCAAGUUCGGCCGGCAGGGCAACCCGCACAAGACGCGCUUCGUGCUGAGCCCGGACGGCUCCGAGCUGCGGUGGGAGUCGAAGAAGAAGGCGCAGGGGCUGCAGCGCGGGGUGCCGAUCCAGCACAUGAUCGGCGUGCGCGAGGGCCAGACGACGUCGGUGUUCAAGCGCCUGGCCAGCAAGUACCAGCAGUACGAGUCCAGCAGCUUCAGCGUCAUCUACGCCGACCCCACGCGCAAGGACCGGCUGCAGACGCUGGACAUCGUGUGCAACACCUUCGAGGAGUACGAGCUCUGGUUCCACGGCCUGCGCGCCCUGAUUCAGGCCCAGGAGUCGUCCCGGCACCCCGGCGCACCCCCCCCGCAGGCGCAGGCGCAGCGGCCCUCGCGGCUGUCGCGCGGCAGCCGCAUGGCGGGCACGCCGCGCGACGGCGACGGCGCGCGCGCGCAGGGGACGGAGGCCGCGGGGAGGGACGAGUGGGGCGAGCGCCCGCUGGCAGGCAGGCACCCCUCUGGGCGGGCGACGACCGACGGCGCGAUGCGGUUCUCGCGGGACGCAACACCGGGCCGCGCGGUGCCGGAGCGACCGCCGUCGUCGAUACCGCGCAACGGCGCCACGCUCGUAGCGCCCGCGGACCUGGACGACGCCGUAGGCACGGAGCCCGGCGAGGCGGGGCGGCCGAACGAGAAGCACGACACGCUCGUGUCCGACAUGAAGGGGAUCACGUCGCGCAUGGCCUCGCUCGGCGGGAAGUCCUGGGCGGCGUGGCCGCGGAAGUUGGCGCACGCGGAGCAGCCCGGGGACGCCUUCCUCUUCGGGUCGACGCUCAUGCUGCGCGGGGGCGGGGACCAGGCGCAGGUCGGACCGGCGCAGCGCCCGCCCAAGGGCUGGCAGGAGGAGGGGCGCCCCUUCGUCGUCCCCAACACCACCAGUCUGGACGUGCGCUCCUCGGCGGUGGGGCACCGGCACGCGCUGCUGGUCACCAAGGCGGGCGACCUGUACUCGUGGGGCGAGGGGCUGCACGGCGCGCUGGGCCACGGCACGCCCGUGGACGUGCCGAACCCGCUCAUGGUGCGCAGCCUGUACGACGCGGGCAUCAAGAUCAAGCAGGUGGCCACGACCGCGGGCGGCACCGUCGCGCUGUCGUGGACGGGCCGCAUGUACACGUGGGGCUCCAACCUCCACGGCGCGCUCGGGCUCGGCAACGUGCGGUCCACGUGGGUCCCGCGCGUCGUGCGCGGCGCGCUCGAGGGGCUCCGCGUGACGCAGGUCUCGUGCGGCGCGCGCCACGCCGGCUGCGUCACCGAGUGCGGCAGGCUCUUCACGUGGGGGGAGGGGUUCUGCGGCAAGCUCGGGCACGGCGACGAGGAGCAGGCGCUGUCUCCGCGGCAGGUGCAGUUCUUCCACAAGUUCCGCGUCCUGCAGGUCGCGUGCGGCGUGUGGCACACCGCGGCCAUCAUGGACCAGCCCGUGGGCUCCCUGGAACCCUCCGCGCCCGACGCCAUCGAGCCCAUCCCGUCGGCGCCGCUCCCGGAGGACCUCGCGGCGGUCCUGGGGGCGACUGGCGCCAUCAAGGAAGAGCCGUCGAAGGGCGACAUGAGCGACGGAGUGCCGAGCCAGCCCCUCACGCCCGCCGCGCGUCAGGGUCCGGACGAGGCCAGGCGCCUCCCGGCACACAACGCGAGCAGCGGCCUCAUUCAGGGCUCCAAGACCCCCGGGCCCGGACCGCGGCGCACGCGCGCGAAGCAGUCCAUCGGCAACGCCGAGGAGCUGUCGUUCGUCGGCCUCACGAAGGGCAGCGCGCAGGGCGGCGCGCUCGGCGUCCGAACGGGCGGCGACCCCAGCGAGGCCCCCGCGACGCAGGGACUGGAGCCGGAGCCCAGCGCGGAGGCACCGUCCGCGGCGAGCGACAUCGCCGUCGGGAGCUACCCGUCGCACACCGCGCAGAUCACCGCCGCGGCCGCAGCCCAGCGCGGCGCGAGCGCCGCGGGGGCGCCGCGCCAGGCGACGCAGACGGAGGGUCGGCUGAGCUUCCAUCUGGAGAGCAGCGCGGAGGACGAGGCGCGGGAGGCGCUCGCGGCGGUGGGCAUUCCUGAGAGGGACCCGCACGGCACCGGUUCGCGCGGUCCGUGGCCGCCGUCGUGUCCCGGGGGCGCGUUGUUCGCCUGGGGCCACAACAGGAGCGGCGCGGUGGGGGACGGGACGCGCGAGAGCACGGCGGUGCCGCGGCGCGUGGAGGGCGACAUCCGCGGCGCGUGCGUCGUGCAGGUGUGCUGCGGGCUGGACACGACGCUGGCGUUGACGGAGCAGGGGCGCGUGUACCAGUGGGGGCUGCAGGGCGUGGAGGGCGGCGCGAGCGUGGUGCUGCCGCUGGUGGUGAACCGCGGAGUGCUGCGCGACGCGCGCGUGACGGGCAUGGCGUGCGGGCUCUCGCACGCGCUGGCGCUGGUCGAGGGGCACGGCGUGGCGUCGUGGGGCCGCGGCUGCGAGGGGCAGCUGGGGCGGAUCGACCCCGCGACGCUGACGGCAGACGCGGACAUGGAGCCGCAGUGGCUGGACGAGUUCAAGCGCGAGAACGUCCUGGACGUGCGCGCGGGCUGCAACCACUCCCUCGUGGUGAUCGAGCACAGGGAGGGCAUGGAGCACCACCCGCCGUCGGUGUCCUCGAGCCAGGCCAGGGGCCUCAGCCCAAUUGCGGUGGCCACGACGGAGACGGGGUCCGCCGCCGGCCGCGCCCCGUCGCGGCGGCAGGUGUCGGUUGCCGUGCACAGCACGCCCCAGGAGAACGUCGUGUCGAGCCCGCCGGUCUCGGAUGACAACAGCCGGCCGCAGAUGGGCCUCCGUGCGAAGCUGUCGCGCGUGCUCAGCACGCGGAAGGGCAGCGGGGACGUCAGGGACACCAUGGCACAGAUGCGCCGCCAGCCCUCGCUGCACACGAAGCAGCCGAGCGCGCCGCCCAGGAGCUACCAGAUCGUGGCUCCCGUGGCCACGACGGAGCGCCAGUCCCCCUCCACCUCGGAGCACCAGCUCGGUGUGCCUGCCCCGGUGUCGUCCGUGGGGUACAGCGGGCGGGAGCUCCUGGACGAGCGUGGCGAGUCCGUGACCUCCCGCCCGCGAGACGCGCGGUCGUCGCUGCAGCACACGCGAAGAUCGGGCCGCGGCUCGCUCGGGUCGCAGCGCGAGCUGAACGCAACGCUCGCGUCAUCGCCGCCGCGCAGCAACGCCAUCGUCGGGGCGAGCUCGUGGAAGUCGCGGCGACCCGCGGCGGACGCUGCGCCGUCGCUCCAGCAGCCCGCGCAGUCCUCCGCGGCCACCGCCACCAACACUGUGUGCGAGGCGGCCGCGCGCUUCCUCUCGACAGCCGGCGCGGCCCUGAGCGAGACGGAGCGGUCGCAGAUCGCCUGGGCCAUGGACAUCCUCGAGAGGGCGCAGAGGGGCGAAGAGAGCCCCCAGGCGCCCCCCUCCAUCACGCCACGGUCCACUCCGACGGCGCGCCGCGAAAACAGCCUCCGCGGCCGGUUCGGCGCGGGACCGCUCCACGUGCGCAUUCCGUCGAGCCCGAACGGCGAAGUCACCGGCUCCGGGCGCACUGUCGUCGUACACUCGGGGUCGCCCAGCCCCGUGCCCGAAUCCAUCUUCGUCGCAGCCCCGGCCAACGGCGGCCCGCGGCGGCCCGCUCGCGCGCUGGAGGGCGGCGACCAGGCCGUCAGCACGCCGCCGCGCCCGCCGCGCGACGCCGGGGCGUCGACCACCCCGCUCGCAGGCGAGCAGGAGGUGGUCCCGGGGGUGUUUUUGACCAUCCGGGAGGCGUCCGACGGGCGGCGCGUGGUCCACAAGGCGCGCUUCUCGCGCAAGUUGUUCACAUCCGCGGACGCCACGCGCUGGUGGGCGGCGAACAGGGACGCGAUAUGCCAAAAACAUGGCCUCGUCCUCUCCGGCCCUGCAAAGCCACCGGUGCGGCGGCCUCCGCCGACCGCGGCCGGCGAGCCCACGUUGCCGCCGGAGCCUGCGCAGGCGCCGUCCUCAACGCCCCCACGGCUGGCUACAACCCCCCAGGCAGGUUCUGCAAGGCCAGCGCCAAUCGCCAUGGCCUCGCCCGUCGAGGUCCCGCCCCAAAGCCCCCCGGCGCAGCCGUCAGCCGUUCAGCCGGACCGCGCGGCCCAGGGCAAGGCCUCCGAGCCUGGCGUGCACGAGCACGGCAAGAUCACCAUCCCUGCCCUGCAUCAGUACGUGUCACGCCAACCGGGCACGAGCAGCACCAGCUCCUCGCCGCGCCAGGGCCCGGUCGCGCGGCCCGCGGAGCCCGUCGAGGAGCCGCACGAGGAGCGGCCCGUCGCGGAGCCGCCGGCGUCCGCAGAGCCGAUGGACCAGAUUUCAACAGGGGAGUGGUCGGCCGCACAGGCGCCGUCCAUGGGGAUGAACGACUCGGCGGAGGACGGCACGGACGUAGACGACACCGGGCGCGAUGGGCCCGGCAUGAGCGACCGGAAGGGGCGCGCGAAGGAGCUCCUGAAAGCGCUGGGCCGCAGCCUCAAGCGGGAGGGCGCGGGCAAGGAUUCGGAGCCGGAGAAGCUCGCGCCGCGGCGUCGCCGCGGGCCCGACGCGCAGGACUUGUACGAUGAGACGGGUGCGGGGCCUGGUUCGCCCGGCCCAGUCCGGAGCAGCCUGGGGGCAGGUCCCAUGCGCCGCCGCGAGCACUCAUCGAUCCAUCCGGCGCCUUCCGGCCCGCCGCGGCCCCUGGACAGCAUCGGCACUGGACACAGCAGCGUGCUCGACCGGGAGCUCGAUGACCUCAUCGGCAGCUUCAGCGGCAAGGAGCGGAAGCCUGCGCCGCACGGCGUACAGUUCCGCACCAGCAAACCGUCACCCGCAGCGCACACGAGCGACCUGCGGGCGAACAAGGUCAUGCAGGGGCAGUCCGCCCCCGCGGGAAAGCACCGCCGAGCGGCCACCUACGCUGGGCGCGACUUUGGAGGCGCGUCGCUGCCCCCCGCCGCGUCGGGCUCGCGCCAGGUGCAGCACACAAUGACGGCAGGACACGUGGAGGGACUCAGGGGCCGGAUGUCGUCGCGCAUGGGCGCCGAGGACAGCGGGCGCGGGUCCAUCGAACACAGUGGGCGCGAGACGACCCAGUAG